AUUACACUUGUGCACUGAUUACGGAAAUUCCGAGCCGCAGAUGUUUUGUUUACCCGCGCGCGGCACUGGCCAAUGCAGAUUGUUCUCCGCACGCUUCGCUCCGAAACGACGAUUUGCCAGUGGUUGCGCCCAUGAAAAUAUGGUUUUCACCUAUAAUUCUACACUUGUGCUACAUUUUCUUCGUCGUUCUGAAAGUUUCCUACUUUUUUGUUGAUUUUGUUUCGUGGUAGUGGUGUGUGUGUGUUUGUUUGUGUGUGUGACGUGCGUAUGCGGGAAAAACGAUGCAAAUAUCUACAAUCUGAUGGGAUGUGUAGCUAGCUCACAGUUCAGCGUUGCCUUCGUUGAGCUCCGGUGGUUACUCGCGGUCGUACAUGUAACGGUGUAUGCGUAGUGGAUUUAAGUGAUCCUGAUCUUAAAAUAAAAUACUAAAUAUACAGAAAUACUGAUCCGUGCAUGAAUACAGUGGAGAAUUAUAUUAUUUUACUAAUUAAUAUUAAUUACUGCAAUUAAACACUUCUUUAAUUGGACAGUGAAAACUAUGAGAUAUAAGUGCAUUGUAUGACGAAAUCUGUGUUCGUUUUAGCUGCGUAAAUAGUGUGAGUGAAAUACAGGGCGAAUGUGCAUAAUUUUGAAAACGCGAUAUAUGAUAGUGCACAGAUUAAUUUACUAAUGGGAUGAUUUUAAUACUUGGAAAAAUGGAUAUUUCAUUUCAACCUUUAACUUCCCUUAAACAAUACUUCUUGUUUAUGGAAAUAUUUAAUUGGACACGCUAUGGACUGUGCUGCCAGUUAUAAACUAACAAAAAAAAACAUACGUUUAAAUGUUAUGGUGCACUCGGCUAUCUGUUAUUCUGUUUGAUUGAUAAGCGCAACAGUUGCCGAACAUCUUGCGCAACCACAAGUUAAUUGACAUCGAAGACUAUUUGGUUUGAUAACAGCUGAGAGCUAACGGAGUGACAGCUGCGAAGCUGUGAGCAUACAAACGCACUGCUGAAGCAGUGUCAGAAUUAUCUAACGGUAAUUGCCCUCAGUAGAAAUGUUGGAACUCGAUAAAAUCUUGGAGAAAUGUGGUGACUGUAAUCGCUUGCAGGCGAUCAUGCUACUGCUAUUCUGCAUUAUCAAUUUGCUUUCCGCACUGCACUACUACUCACAGACGAUCAUAAGUUUCGUGCCAAAAUACUGGUGUAUCGACGGUUAUGCGAGCACGGUGGACGCUUAUGCGGUUGCCAGCGAGCAGACAGGCUCAUCAUGUCUGCCACAUCGGUUUACAGAUGGUGAUGAAGCAGCGUUGCCGAAUGUCACCGCAAAUGUGUCGCACACGUGUCAGCAAUUCGAAUAUGAGCUAUAUAUGGGCUACCAAAGCUUUACUAGCGAGCUAAGUUGGAUUUGUGAUCGCGCUUGGAAGGCAACAUUAGGACAAUCGAUGUUUUUUGUUGGGUCAGUGGUGGGCAGCUUACUUUUUGGCUUUUUAGCAGAUAGUUUGGGCCGACUUCCCAUUUUGAUUGCCGCCAAUGUUGUGGCAAUGGUUGGUAAUUUCUUGACCAUUUUCGGUACAACGCUUCCAACUUUUUCGCUUUUUCGCUUUCUGUCCGGUAUGGCGACGGAUAGUAACUUCGUUAUGAUGUAUAUUUUAGUUAUGGAGUACUUGCGUCCUUCACUACGCACUGUUGGUCUGAGCAUCUGCAUUGGUUGCUUCUACUGCCUCGGUUCAAUGGCUGCUCCGUGGAUUGCAAUUUUGCUGCAUACGUGGCGUGGUUUCCUUAUCGCUACCUCGACUCCCUUUGCUAUUGUGCCGUUAUUCUACUUCAUUGUGCCCGAGAGUGUGCAAUGGUUGAUCUCCAAGCAAAAAUACGACAAAGCCGUUGAAUGUUUGAAGCGAGUGGCGAAGAUCAAUGGACGUGCAGUGGAGGAAUCCGUCUAUACCGAAUUCAUAGAUGAAUGCAAACGCAGACAAUUGCAUACAAAAUCUGGUCCGAAUCUUUUCGGGCUAUUUGCAACGCCACGUUUGCGACGCAAUACGCUUAUCCUGUUUUUUAAGUCCAUGGUCAUCACUCUGUGUUACGACGCGGUGUCGCGGAAUGUUCAAGGUCUCGGCAUAUCGCCAUUUUUCAUGUUCACUUUGAGCGCCACGGCUAUAUUACCGGCCUGCAUACUGUUGAUCGUAUUGCAAGAUCGCAUCGGCCGCAAAGCGAUGGCGUCCAUGUCACUGCUGCUAAGUGGUAUUUUUAUAUCGGUCACCGGUGCAAUACUCUUCUGUACUGAACGUAGUGGCGGCGAGAAGGAUGUCAUAUUGGUCGUGAUUUUGUCGGUUAUAGGACGAUUUGGAGUAACGGUUGCUUACAAUUCUGGUGCGCAAUAUGCAACUGAGCUGAUACCAACUUGUGUGCGCGGCCAAGGUAUAGCGGUGGUGCAUGUCAUGGGUUAUGCAUUCACCUUCUUCAGUUCAUACAUUCUGUAUACACGUUCGUUCUUUCAACCCAUGCCGGAAAUAAUUUUGGGUUUACUUUCGCUGUUGGGAGCUGGAUUGUGUUUACUGUUGCCUGAGACGCUCAACAGAACCUUACCUACUUCUCUGGAAGAUGGAGAAAACUUCGGCAAAAACGAGCGUUGGUAUAAUUUCAGUUUCCUGGAGAAACGUACACAAUCCGUUGAUGUCUUGGCAGCGAACGCAGGCUCGCAGAAUAUACGAGAUAACACGGCGGCAUAUUUUUAAGACAAACUAAUUGUUCUGUAACUAUGUAGUUCCUAAGUGUUAAAGUAAUAUUAAGCGUUAGCGUAUUUACUAAUAAAAAGCAUUAAUA